UAUCGGGAGGAAAGGGGAGGAAAGGCCCCCGUAUACAGGCGAGGUAUACGUGCCUCUCUUGGAUCUUUUGAAUCAGUGUGCCGCGCGAUUUCACGGUGAGAGGACCGUGGCCAAGAAGGAGCACACGAGAGAACACACGGAGUCUUCCUCGCAGCAGGUCGCCCCGCUGCACGCACGCACGCAUACACACGACAUCCAUCGUCGCCGCGAUCGACUCCCUUUCCUAGGUCGUCGAUCGAUACCCUCCCCUCCCCCCGCGCGUCUCACUCUUUCGCCCGCGUCCGAGAUCAAACGUUGCGAUCUUGAACAACCGGCCCCGAGGUUUCGGCAUGGCUAUGGCAAUCAAGAUCCUCGUCCUGGUCUGCGCCCUGCUCGCCGCAGCGAUGGCCGCCGAGUCGCCCGCGCCGGACGGCGAGGUGCAGCAAACCGGCAGAUCGCGGGUCUCCGACGAACAACUGAAUAUGGCCCUGAGCGACAAACGCUACUUGAACAGACAGCUUAAGUGCGCCCUGGGAGAGGCGCCGUGCGACCCCGUCGGACGUCGUCUGAAAAGUUUAGUGCCGCUGGUUCUGAGAGGCUCCUGCCCGCAAUGCACCCCCGAGGAGACACGUCAGAUCAAGAAGGUCCUUUCUCACAUUCAGCGAUCCUUCCCGAAGGAGUGGAACAGGAUAGUGCAACAAUACGCCGGAGUUCCAUAAACGAGAUAUGAUAUAAGCGCGCCGGCCACGACGAGGCUGGAUGUACAGAAUAUAGUAACAAAGGCUACAACAAUGGAUCAUCCACGGGGAAACACAUCCACGUCCGAUCGCAUUCGUUUAUUUAAUAAUAUUGUUAAUGAUAGCACGAGGGAGAAGCGUAGCUCAGCCGAGAGGUAUAUUUAGAAUUUUGAGGCACAUACGUAUAGAAACAUUCAGUUUUAACGAAGAUUUUAUCCUGUAUUACGUAUCUACAUAUUGUUUAUAAAAUGCUGUACAUGUAUAAAAUUCUAUUCGCACGUUCGAUAUAUUUCAUUUUAAUAAAGU